AAGCUUGGUGAAUCAGAAGCCCCGCCCACCGGGACGCACCGGGAGCAGCAGUUUGCAGCUGAGCCGGUAAUCAAACGCUCCUCGUGCAGCUGCGACUCAACUUUUCUCUUUGUUCCCGUGUGCACGGGUCGGUCCCGACCCGACCCGCUCAGUUUGGUUCGGUUCUGCUCCGCCUGUAGUAGCUCUAAAAGUUUGGGAGCGGAGGGAGCAGAAAAACACGGCUAGGAGCUGAACUUUCCCGAGCGGCUGCAGAUAACCGGAGCGGCAGGGAGAAUUUGGAGGAAGGUCGUUCUGGAGAGCUGCUCGGUGAGACUUCAGUUACAUAAGAGCAAACAUAAAUCCUGAAUGAGCUCCGAGCUCUGGCUUCAGCUCCAGACCCUGCGCGUAAAUGUGCGACUGAGUUCAGUUCCCAGCUGCAAGCAGGACGCAUGGACGAACUGAUUGACGCGGUUCUGACCCGGUUUUGACUGAGUGAAAAUGAAACUUUGGAGCAAGUUGUCCUCCUGGAUGCAUGUUUGGAAUAUUUUGUUGACUUUAGAGAGGGAUCUGCCUCCCCACGCAUGAAGCCGUGCGUCCUGCAGCGGAAUGAGAUGGAUGGUCUGCGCGGCUGCUGGGAAAUGACCAGUUCAACUCUAAGCGGCAGAAUGAAGCCAACCUGCUGUAAAUAAGUGUUUGUAUUGAUCUCUGUGGAUUUAAAGUGACUGAAGAACCUUUGAGCACCGAACCCCGAGAGGUUUUUCAUGUGCUUCGGUUCUGGUUCUGGCUCACAACGCGCUCACAGCUGAACCGAAAAGACGCGGAUGUUCGCCGGGACGCAGCGCGCUCCGCCGCAGGCGCUCAUGGAGCGCUCCAGGCGGCCGCCGCUGCUGCUGCCGCCGCCGCUGCUGCUGCUCGGGCUGCUGCUGCGACUCUGCUGCGCCGUCACCGACGACCGCCUCAUCUCCGACCGCUACGCGGUCUAUUGGAACAGCUCCAACCCCAGGUUCUUCCGUGGUGACUACACAGUGGAGGUGGCGAUCAACGACUACCUGGACAUCUACUGUCCUCACUACGAGGUGGCGGAGCCGGCCGAGCGCAUGGAGCACUAUGUUCUCUACAUGGUCAACUACGACGGCUACAUGAGCUGCAACCACUACAGGAACGGCUUCAAACGCUGGGAGUGCAACCGGCCACAGAGCCCGAACGGACCGCUCAAAUUCUCCGAGAAGUUCCAGCUCUUCACGCCCUUCAGCCUGGGCUUUGAGUUCAGGCCGGGACAUGAGUACUACUACAUCUCGUCCCCACAUCCUAACCUGGCUGGGAAACCCUGCCUGAAGCUCAAAAUCUACGUCAAACCAAGCAAUGACUCCAUUUACGAAUCUCCGGAGCCCUUCCUGACCGAUGACACCACCGGCGGCAGCAGCCUUGCUCUGCCGUCCGCCAUAUUGCUCUCACUCCUCCUCAUCCUCCUCCUCGUCUCUUCGUAGCACCUCCUCCUCUUCCUCCUGCUGCCUAAACUCUGAUCCUGUACUGGACAUCAAUAAGGAGCAGCGGGAGGCAUUUGGAGCUGCGUCUCGAUUCCACGUGGAGUUUCUGCAAACAUUUCUGCUUCGUGAUGUUUCUGCUGAAAAGCAAAUGCACUGUUGCAGAUCUCCAAACUGAGACUCCACUGACUCCCAUGUUCGAAUGGUCACUGCUGACUGGAUUUUAUGCAUAUUAGAAGCUCCUAAAAAUAAAAUCUGCCUUGAAUGAGGUCAUUUUUAGAGUUGAUGCCAAAGUUGUGUAUGUCCAUUCUGAGCCCCAUUAGCUAGAGCUAAAUGUCAAAACCACGCCAUGCACUUAUUUUAAUAAACAAAAGUGGCAAGUCCUAGCAUGCUCUGACGACUUCUAUUGGCCUGUAAUUAUAUAGCUGGAUGAAGUAUAAUAAAAGUGUUUGGACACAUCCUGUUGCAGAUGAUUUAUUAAAAUACAUUUGGAAAUAAAAUUCGAGGGAUUGAGAUCUGCUACUUAAUCUUUGAAUGAUUGGUCCUUGAAACUUAAUUUUGUUGUUUUAACCUUAAGAAAAAUUAAGCCACUUUACUUCCUCAGUUGUUACUUUAUUUUCUACGUCAAAAUCCCCCCAAAAGAAUUACUUUAUUACCCAAAUAUAAAAGAUAAUUAUCUUAAAAACAAAACGUGCCUCUUUUUAAUUUACUUAUGAAAUAAUUAAGAAUAUAAUAAAUAUUUUAAAAUGUUUACUUUCUUUGCAGAUUUAGGAACUUCUUAAAAAGAUAAAAACACGUUAAGUAUUUAACGAGUGUCAAGUAUUGCCAUCUAGUGGUCAGGUUAGACAUUACAACUGCAACAAACUAGAUCCAGGUGUGGCUAACCUGCCCUGUAGGGAGAAAACUUUAUCAAGCUGCUGUAGUUAAUUCCUGAUACAUGAACGCUUUUUUAUUUGCAAUAAUGAAAGUAACAGCAGGUUUAACCUUAAAGCACUAAAAAAAAGACACAUUUAAGAAAUAUUUAUAUGAAGAGUGAAUAAUUGUUUAGAGAAAUUAUUUUUGAGCCAAUCAGGAGAAAAAAAAGAAAAUAAGACCGCAGCAAGCUGGUAAAACACUGCUGUGGUCUCUUAAAGUGGGAUACCUGAUCAAUAAGUCAUAAUUAAAUCAGGUGAUAAUCUGCCGUAUCUGACCAAUCAGUAGAAUCCCUCAUGGGACAGCUAACAGGUUGAAAAUAAAAGCACGGUUAUAAACGUUUGCUGUGGAAAUUAGUUUGACCUGUGAAACAUGGUGGUCAGUGGAGUCCAGGCAUCUUCAGCUUUCAUUGGAUCACUGGGAACAUCAUCCGGUCUGCAUGAACACCCACAAGGACAGGCUCACUCUGAAGAUCCCGGCAGCUUCAUCUCAACUCCAGAAAUGUCCAUGUUUAAAUCACUGAUGAUUGCAGUCACAAUGAGCCACCGUUUCCACCUGGAAGCAAAACAGAUCAAUGCAGACACCUUAAAAGGCAGCAUUCACAAUAUUAUUUAAAUAUUAACUUAUAGAACAUUUGCCAUAGUAGGUAAUUCCUCUCUUCCCUGAACCCAGCUGACUUUUAAUUUGGUGUUUUGUUUUAAUGGAGUCAUAAGAACAAACAUUCAGGGUUUUCUUUCAUGCAAGCUGGAAACAUUUUAAAGUUUGCUGUGAAUGAAAUAGUCAGUGCUCCUUAGAGAGAUGGUUUCUUACAGUGGAAGAAAUAUCUGAAGCAGUAAAGGAACUACCAGAUAUCCUACAUCUAGUAGAAAUUUAUCUCCAACUAGAACUGCUUCCUAACCACAGAAACCGUUUUCAGGCCUUCGGGUCUCUUGAAGCCCGAGAGAUUUUUCAGGACCUUGAGUCUUUUAAGACCCCAACAUCUUCUGAGGUUUAGGAAAUUUUGGAUAAUGAAUGCUGUUUUCAGGCUCUCGUGGCUUUUGGAACCUAGGACCUUUCUCCAACCCAAGAUAUUUCAGAACACACACACAUUUCAGAAUAUUUUGAGAUCUAGGGCCAGUUGGAUCCUAAAAUCUUUUUAGGCCCAAGGGUCAUUUGGAUCCAAAGACCUCUCUAUAGAACUCGGAUCUGUUAGAGGCUAGAAUAUUUUUCUUACAAACAGUGCUUUUUGGAAAUGGGCUCCAGAAGAGCUUAGUGUGUUUUUCAUGGGACAAAGAUCUUUUGGGGUCUAGCACCUUUUUUUAGGAUCUGGGAUCUUUUACAGAACAGAUGGUCUGUUGAAGUGUAGGACGUUUAGGCACCUGGGGUGUUUUUAAAGCCUGGGUUCUUCUUCAAAUAGUUAGAAACUUUUCAGAACCUAGGAUUCUUUAGAAGACCCAGGGCGUUUUGGAGCCUUUUUUCAUGAACUAGGUCAUUUUGAAAAUGAGCUCCAUCAGAGCAGGGUCUUUUGAAGUCUAGGACCCUUUUCAGUAGCAAGCAUCCCUUUCAGUACCUAGAAACCUUUCAGUAUUUUUUCAAGGAUCUAGGUUUUUUAGGGGUGCGUUAGAUUCUUUUAUUUUCUUAACUAAAGUGUUUGGUAACAGGUUUUCAAAUGAGCUUAAAUUGUUUUUCAGUACCUAUGGUCUUUGGGGGGCUAGGACCUUUUUUCAAGAACUGGGAGCUUUCUGUAAGAUCUAUGGUCUUUUGUAAUCAUUUCCAAUGCAGAAAUUCAGCAAAUUAUGCUUGCAGUUUCACACUAUAGAGGUGCAGUGUUCAAAUCGAAGACGAGGCGUCAACGGAAACAACAGGACCAGGCCUGAAACUGACAUUUAGCUUCUUGAAAAAUAACAAGCUGUGGGUCUUUUUAAGUUCAAACAACCCUGAUUUUAAAACUAACUUUUUACAUUUGAGUCAAAAGAUAAAGGGUCUGUGGACAUUGUGGCUCAGAUCUGUGACUGUAAUCUGUACUCCUCAUAAAUAAUCCGUGUAUAAACUGUCCAGCCCUGCAGCAGCAAACUUCCUUUCCAGUCGACGGCCUUUCCUUCCUGAAAAAUCUGCCAAAGACUUGUUAACCUUUUCUAUUGGAUGCUUCUUUGCAGUUGGGGUUGGGUUGCGCCAUUCAGCAGCUGGGGGUUAUUUAAAGGGGAGGAGCUUACUUCUUUUCUAAAUUUUGUCAUUUUGUUUUAAAUAAAAAGUAAAACCGAAUGUUCUGCGAAAAAUACAAGUGUACAAAUAUAUCAAUGGCCUUUCCCUGCCACACUGGUGCUGAAUUUUUAAAUGAAUGAGAAACAUCGACACCUUGUGGUGACGCUUUUCAUCAAAGCCCUCCCCCCCCAAACUUUCUGUUGUUUUCAUCACCUCAUAAUGUCCUUCCAUACCAGGUGAUGGAGGGAAGUGUGUCCUUGUGAGUGGAGAAGCAGGGGCAUGCUGGGAAAUGCAGUAUCUCAAACGACGGCACUGUGAUGGAGGACAGACGGGUGACGCAACAAGACUCCUGUGGAGAACAGAGGAAACAAAGUGGCGAAAAUGUUUUCCAGUCGAUAUGAAAGGAAUGAGGUUUAUUGAGUUUGUGCCAUUUUGUUUGAUUUUAAAAACCCAGGAGAUUAUUCAUAUAUGAUGUAAAGUCUGAUGUUUGUUGUUGUUUUCUUGUUUUGUUCCCACUUGAAUCACAAUGCAUUCUGGUCCCUGUAGUCCUGUGAAUUCUAGUUCUGUUGGCUGGUACUGAUUCAGUGGGUUUCUUGUUUGGCUCGUCACCAUGUUGCCAUUGAUUUCUGUGUGAAUUAAUUUAGUUUUUUGUGGCACUAAAGUAAAAGAGGAAUAGUUACAGAAAAAAACUUUUAAGUGUACUCAAGAAGGAAAUGUUUUCUACAUCAAAAUGUCUCCGUAUUCUAUUCUUUCAAAGACAAAAAACAUCAGUUUUUUUUAUAUUUUCUUAUUGGAUGCUUAUCAAGUCCUGUUGUAAAGUAAAAAAGCAUUUAUCUGACUGGCUCAAGAGCCACCGAGGGGUCAGAGGUCACAGGCCUUGUUUUGUUUGCCUGCGCUGCAUGAGCAGGAGAAAAACUAUAUUUAGUGAAUUUACUUUGAAGAUUUCAGAGAGAAAAUGUUAAAAUAUGAACCUGUGUUUGAUAAAAAUCACCGCCAAUAAAAAUAAGUUCAAAGUUCUA